UAUUCGCAAUAGCAACAUGGAGGGUCGAAUUCUUGUUUGGCCUGGUGUGACAAUCAUUAUGCUAUUGUACUGCAUUCAUGGAAUCAUGGGAGAUAUCAAGGAUGGGUUCGUCUACACAGAUGUCUUAAAAACCAUACCCAGAGGAAGCACUGCCGUCUUGAACUGCGAAUUCUACGGAGAACCUUUAGCAGUUUACUGGAAGAAAGGACACGACCCAGCGCAAGCAACGCCAUUGGUGACAUGGAUGGGUGAUAAGAUAUGGCCGGGUCUUUGUGCUGAAGAUAACUCAUGUGAGAUAGCGAAUAACUAUUCACUGAUCAUCAAAGAAGCCCAUAUAAAAGAUGAGGGCUGCUACAUAUGUCGAGUUUCAAACUACCGCGGGUUUCUAAUCCACAAUUUUACUGACUUGAGUGUAGUAGAGCCACCUAGAGAACCUUACCCGGCCAUUAAGGGGUGCAAUGACUCUUCGUUUGUUCAAGACUUCGGUUGUACCAUUACCACACAUACCACUGUAAACCUCAUCUGCUAUGCUUCUGGCUUUUACCCAAAACUGAACCUGUUCUUCUUGCACGGGACUGAGAAAAUUGCUUCAUCCGAGACGAAAGAAUGGAUCAAUAACGAUGAAACCAGAAACAAGUCGGUUUCAAUUAUUGCAGCUCCAAGUGAAAGGCCAUACGUGUGUGUUGCAUCAGAUCUACCUGGACACCACAAGGAAAGUGCGGUGACGGCAUUUGUCAGGCUUCCGGAAGAACAAACUUCGGCUCCCGAAGAAUCAACGUCCAUGACAACAAUGCCACCAAAGGGAACAAACCUCCUUAUGGUUAUUGUAAUACCUUUAGCAAGUUUAGGACUCGUGACAGUAAUUGGUGCCUCCAUAUUCAUGAUCUGGUUCCGAAGGCAUCGUCGAGGGUCUGGUAACGAUGACAUAGAGGAACGUUACCCUCUUAUGGAAACUAAGGAAAUUAAAGGGAAAUUGUCUUUUUACGAGCUCUGGAUGAUGGUGUCUAAAGUAACCAUGUCUGAUAUGGGAAAAUUGAACGAUACCUUUGAACAGCUAGGUAUCGGGAAAUUGAAAGAUGUGUUCACAGUCCCGGAGGCUUACAAGCAUUUGUGUCAGUGGAAAGCAGGCAAGGCACACGACGAUGAAUACGACCAAGCGCAGAAAUUGAGUACAGCUUUAGACAGAGCUAAAUACCCUGACGCAUGGAAAGAAAUUUAUGAUGUACGGACAAAUUCGACGAUCAUGGUUUCCGAAAGAAUGCUCGAGCAUAUUUUUUGGCACAUUGGAGAACCAGUGAAAAUCAAUACCUUUCUCUCGGAGAUCAUUCAUUAUCCCCAUCCAAAGGACCUUGAGGACACUGGAAAGAUAUCGGAGCUGAUACCAAAAUCAUUGGAAGAAUUGAAGAAGUGGGCCAGUACACGUUUUGAUGAAAACCCAGUUUCAAUACUGAGUUUAGCUCUCGAGAGAGCAGAAUGCACGCCAGUCGACAGAACUUUCUUUUGUGUACCUGAUCAACCCAUAUCAAAUGAGGAGUUACAAUACUUUACCUCGAAGCUGACUCGCAGACAUUGUCACAUUUUGGCAAGUGCUCUUGAACUGACCAAUGAGAAGAUCGCCACCAUCAGCGAUGAAAACAAUGAACACGUAUUUGAUACUCAGUCGAUGAUCGGCGAUUGGCUGAGGCAUGAGGAAACUGAACAAGAGAGGAGUGAAGAUGAUUUAACCAAAGAAAAGGAAAGUUUGGAAAAUAGCCAUCAUAUUAUCAGAAGAUGUGAACUAGAUCACGCAGCAAUUAGUAUCGGACGCUCUGAUCUAAAAGGUUAUUUGGUCGGAUAUAGCAGUUACUUAAUACCGGAGCGCGAGGAAGAAAUUAAACAGGCAUGUGAUACAGAACGUGCUGAAGAUGCCCUUCCUGCUGACAGUAUUAGUGAUGGUGAAAUACAAAGUAUCACAAAGUAUCUUGAUCAAAAAGAAAUGAUAACAUUAUUCGGUGAUCUUAAAGGACAAGACUGUUUCUCUGCAAUCAAAACUUGGAUGGAGAAGGAACGAGCUGAAGAUCGACAGGCAAACUGCAGAGAAAGGCUUCGAGUAAAGUUAAAACUAAUUGGAAAGGAAGCCCUCGUUCCAUUGGAAAACAAGGGAGAUUUAUAUCUCAUGGAGCUCGUCGAUAUAGCCUUUCGUCUCUUGAUGACAGAUGUGUAUCCACUGGCCAGGGCCCUCGGCAUAUCCGAAGACAAACUAAGAUCAUACAAACGACUUUAUUUGACUCCUAUCAUGUCCAGAGGAACAGUAGGAGUCUUGAUAAACAAAAAGACGGGCAGAAAACUGUGUAAUAUUCUAAAACCAGGCUUCCCAGAAAUUAGUCAUCUGCUGAAGUACGCAUAUGAAUUAUCAUACGCUGAUCUGUGUGACGUCAGCUUUGGAGAAGGUUCCAAAGAGGCGAACCGCAACGAAAUUCUUCAGAAUCUUGGAAUAAACAGAGAAGUAACAGACCUCAUGGACAUGCUGAGGUAUUGGAGGUCUUUGGUGAAAUGCCCAAUAUACAAUUGGAGGACAGCACUGGCUGAGGCAGUCUAUCCAGUUCUAGGGAAAGAAAAGGCGCUUGGAAUUAUUACAGGUAACUUUCAUCGCAGUGGAAAGCAGGCUGGAAACGUCAUGAAAUAUCUUGUAGAUACUAUCAUGUCUCGACAAGCCCUAAUCAUGGCCAACAUUUUAGGGGUUAGGAACAUCUAUUCGGACGACAAACUGACUUACGUGCAUGUCUUCAAGGUCUUUAUAGAAUCCGUGAAAAGCCAAAUCCAGAAUAAGGAGCAACGUCAACAAUUGUGCAAACGCCUCCAUGAUAAAGGAUUCGGGACCUUUUCAGCUGAACUGACCAAACUACUAGAAAAUGAACAUCUCGACUCUGAAAACAAGGUCAUUCUCGAGGAUAUGCAAGAGGCAACUAGGAAGGAUGUUGCAUCUAGGAUAUCUCGGAUCCUAGAAGUUCGUGUCGAACUCUUCGAAGGAAUAUCUUACCUGAAGCAAGUCCUUGACCAGUGGGUUUACACACUUAGAAGUCAACCAUUUAAUCUGCAGAAACGCAUUCUCCUCAGUGAUCGAAUUCUGAAAGAAGGUUUCGUUGAUUUCUCACUUGAAGUCAUGAUAGGUCUUGAAACAAGGAAUAACACAGAACCUUCGCGACCUUCACCUCCUGAUGGCAUUCAAGACUCUUCAAAAUCCGAAGAAUUAAUGCAACCUCAUAAGACGGAUAGGUCAAAGAGCGAUGCAUCUGUAAACAUGUAUAAUAUGAAAUUGUUGGAUCUCCUCAAUAAGCAUGCUCCUGUUGAAAGUAAGAUCAGCACAAUCAAGCCCAAAGCUCCAUGGCAUAGUGAAGAAAUCAAGGAAGCGAAGAGGUGCAGACGUCGUGCUGAGCGACUGAUGCUGAAAUCUGGACUUUGUAUUCAUAAACAGCUGUACAAGCAGGAAUGUGACUCUUACUACAGUAAACUCUUUGAGGCUAAGUCAAGCUACUUCAAAGGUGAGAUCGCAGGAUCAGAUUCAAAGCAGCUGUUCCAGAUCGUGAAGAAAUUUUCUUCACCUCUGCAGUCCACCACAUUUCCUUAUCAUGACUCUGAUGAGGACCUUGCCAACAGAUUUGGGGAGUUCUUCGAGAAUAUGGUCGCGUCUAUCAAUUCUUCAUUCAACGUCCCUUUUUCUGAUGAUCUAUUACUGCCUUCUCAGACUGGGAUUUCACAUGACUCCAACCUCUCAGAAUUUGACCUUGUUUCUGAAAUGCAGGUUAAGCGUGUCAUCAAGUCACUUCCUUCGAAAUCUUGUAGCUUGGAUCCCCUCCCAACUUGGCUAGUGAAGGCAUGCCUCGACGAACUCCUGCCUGUUAUAACUCUCAUCAUGAACCUUUCCUUAUCAUCUGGUGUUGUUCCUGAGUCUUAUAAAACAGCCUGUGUUUUGCCACUUUUGAAAAGACCCAGCCUGGAAACUAAUGAUUUCAAGAACUACAGACCUAUUGCUAAUUUGCCAUUUCUUAGAAAAGGGGCUGUUUCCACCAAAUCAGUCAGCUUAUCGCCAUUUUCAUUCUACUGA